AUGUUUAUAUUAUCAGAAGUGUCGGACCUUGUCCGUAUACCCCCUCAUACAUUCAAUAUACCGAUUCCUCAAUCGAUUUCGAAUGAGCUUUCAAAGAAAUACGCCAAUAAAGUGGUUAGUAACUUGGGCCUUGUGGUGUGUGUAUGGGACUUGCUAGACAUAAAGGACGGGCUCUUGAAGCCAGGUGAUGGUGCAGCCUUUGUGGAGGUUCGCUUCAGAUGCGUGGUGUGGAAACCUUUCAUUGGAGAAAUCUUAACCGGUUGGGUUUCUGAGUGUACUGCUGAAGGUAUAAAGAUCAAAACUGAAUUCUUUGACGAGAUUGUUAUCCCAAAGAACUAUCUCUUUGAAAACUGCUCGUUCAGACCGGCAGACAAGGCGUGGGUCUGGCAACCAGACGAAGAAACUGAAUUGUUUAUAGAUGUUAAUGAAAAGAUUAGAUUCAGAAUAGAAGAGGAAAUCUUUGUGAACAUCAAACCAAAGACAAGUUCAGAAGCUCAAGGAUUACUGGAACCAGAAAAUAAGGUCUCUCCGUACGCCUUGUUGGCAUCUUGUCAAACUGAUGGUAUGGGCUGUGUUUCUUGGUGGGAUUAA